AUGGUUCAGGCAAGGGAGUCAAGAAAUCUUCCAAGAUUAUUGAGGAAAAAGAUAAGAAAAUUCUAGAGCUCGAAAGAGAAAAGGCAAAUACCUAAGAAUCCCUCAUCAAUUUCUAUUUUCAUAGGUAUGGUCCAUCAAAUUGAGAGAGACAAUGAGGAAUGGAAGUUAAAAAUACAAAAAAAAGAACCAUUUUUCCCAAUGAAUGAGAAGGAAUAGAACGCUCUAGAUUACCUAAAAUCUCCUUAAAAUACUAAUGCAUUUGACUAUUAGGUCUCUCACGAAAUCUAAAUAGAUAAAGAUGAUUUCUUCCUUCAGAUGCGAUAAAAAAUUGAUGCUCUGAGGAAUGAAAAGCGUAGACUUAUUAUUGAAAUUGAGAGGACAGUCAAAGAGAAUUUAGAAUUAAACAGGCAGAAGAAUAAAAUCAUAGAUACCACUAAAUCCAUAAUAGAUGAUAUUAAAGCUAGCAAUGAUAACUUAAUGGAUAUGCUGAGCAACAAGCAAAUUGAAGUUGAUGGGCUUAAGAAGGAUUUAACUGAUAAGAAUAUUUAAGUCACAAAACUCAAAGAAAAAGUCUCAGAAUACUAAAAAUUGCAAGAAAAAUUUAAAAUGUUAGAGCACAAAUAUGUGAUGGAUAUAAAUUCAGAAAAGUAGAUUCAUGAGAAGGAAAUGAAAUUUCUUAAUAGAGAAAUAAACAAUAAAUAGAAAUAUGCCAUUGUUUGCGCUUAGUAUGAGGAAAAGAUCAAAUUUUAAGAGCAAGAAAUGGUAUCUUAUAAAGAAAAGCUGAAAUCUCUAAUGGGUUAAAAUGCAGAGUCCAAUAAAUUCUCUGAAAUACACGACAAGCAAGCGAAAUUAAUUGAAAGUCUUACCAAAUAAUGCUCUAUACUUACAAUGAAACUAGCUAACAAGAAAUCAAGCAUUCUAUUUUUAAGAUAAGAAAAUUAAAAGCAAUUUGAGUAGUUGAAGAAACUUUAAAAAUCAACAAAUGGGAAGGAGUCUGCUUAGAAGUUAGAGAGGACAAACUUAAACAGAGAAGUAGAGACGAAUCCUUCUUUACUCAAGUAGUAUAGAAAAAUGAUUGAAGAAAGAGAUAUUAUUGUAAUUUACUUUCUAGCAAUUUAUUUCUUAUAGAUUAAAGAAAUGACUAAGAAGUUCAAGAAGAUGAACUUGAAUGAUAAGCAUUUGUAUGUAAAGCACUAGCAGUUGGAGCACUAGAAAGAAGAAUAUGAGAAGCUUAUACGAUAACACAAACUAAAGCAAAAUAAUUAGCCCAUAAAUUUAGAUGAAAGCGUUUCAGAUUCAUCAUUAGAUGAAUAUAAUCACAGUCCAAGUAUCUUCAAUAAAAACCUACAUUCUAGAAAAGAUGAUAACAAAGAAGAUUCAUAAGAAUAAAAUCAAUUCUACACUGUUAAGAGUAUGGACUCUCUUUACAAAGAAAAUUUACCCUCGCUCGGUCUAAGUCAAAAUGGCAAGAGCAAGUUCCUAUCGCCGAAGAACUCUGGAGGUCCAAACACUAUGACUACUGGCUAGAAAAUGGCUGCAUAGUAUUUAUCAAAGAAUGGAGUCAACUAAAGUUAAUUAAGCAAUAAAACCUCUUAGGAGAUGAGAAAAAGUUCAUCAUAGUUUUUCAAUACUAGAACGGCUGCUGAUAAGAAAUAACUUUGA